GACAACCCCGCAAAACCGAGGCGCGCCAGGACGUGCGCGGGGCCGCGGAGCUCAGGCUACGAUCGGCGCGGGCGGGGACGAGAAGCAGCGCUCGGGCGCGCGGGGACGGCGGCCGGCGCGGGCGGGCGCGGCCUUUGUCUCCUCCUCUGGCGUGCCUGGCGGCCGCGGCGGCCGCAUGAGCGCACCGGCCGCCCGCAGCCCCUGACCUGACCGGCCUUCGCCAUGACCGAGACGGCCUCGGGCGCCGGGGGCACAUCCCUGGAGGGCGAGCGCGGCAAGCGGCCGCCGCCGGAGGGCGAGCCUGCAGCCCCUGCGUCCGGAGUUCUGGAUAAGCUUUUUGGGAAGCGCCUCUUGCAGGCGGGUCGAUACCUGGUGUCCCACAAGGCCUGGAUGAAGACGGUGCCCACGGAGAACUGUGACGUGCUAAUGACUUUCCCAGACACGACCGAUGACCACACGCUGCUCUGGCUGCUCAACCACAUCCGUGUUGGAAUCCCUGAGCUCAUCGUGCAAGUCCGCCAUCAUCGCCACACCCGUGCCUACGCCUUCUUCGUCACCGCCACUUAUGAGAGCCUGCUCCGUGGUGCUGAUGAGCUAGGUCUGCGCAAAGCCGUGAAGGCCGAGUUUGGCGGGGGCACCCGAGGCUUUUCUUGCGAAGAGAACUUCAUCUAUGAGAACGUAGAGAGUGAGCUGCGCUUUUUCACCUCCCAGGAGCGCCAGAGCAUCAUCCGCUUUUGGCUGCAGAACCUGCGGGCGAAGCAGGGCGAGGCGCUGCACAAUGUGCGCUUCCUGGAGGACCAGCCAAUCAUCCCUGAGCUGGCAGCCCGCGGGAUCAUUCAGCAGGUGUUCCCUGUCCAUGAACAGCGCAUCCUGAACCGCCUCAUGAAGUCAUGGGUGCAGGCCGUGUGUGAAAACCAACCUUUAGACGAAAUCUGUGACUACUUUGGUGUGAAGAUUGCCAUGUAUUUCGCCUGGCUGGGUUUCUACACGUCAGCCAUGGUGUACCCAGCUGUGUUUGGCUCUGUCCUGUACACGUUCACAGAGGCGGAUCAGACUAGCCGGGAUGUCUCUUGCGUGGUCUUUGCCCUCUUUAAUGUGGUGUGGUCUACGCUGUUCCUGGAGGAGUGGAAACGGAGGGGGGCUGAGCUGGCCUACAAGUGGGGGACUCUGGACUCCCCGGGGGAGGCCGUGGAGGAGCCACGACCCCAGUUCAGGGGCGUGAGGCGCAUCAGCCCUGUGACCCGCGCGGAGGAGUUUUACUACCCGGCCUGGAAGCGCCUGCUCUUUCAGCUGCUCGUCAGCCUACCCCUGUGCCUCAGCUGCCUGGCCUGCGUCUUCCUGCUCAUGCUCGGCUGUUUCCAGCUGCAGGAGCUGGUGCUGAGCGUGAAGGGGCUGCCCCGACUGGUCCGCUUCCUGCCCAAGGUGGUGCUGGCCUUGCUGGUCAGCGUCAGCGCGGAGGGCUACAAGAAGCUCGCCAUCUGGCUCAAUGACAUGGAGAAUUACCGGCUGGAGAGCGCCUACGAGAAGCACCUCAUCAUCAAAGUGGUCCUGUUUCAGUUUGUUAACUCGUACCUGAGCCUCUUCUACAUCGGCUUCUACCUCAAGGACAUGGAGCGCCUCAAAGAGAUGCUGGCCACUCUGCUCAUCACACGUCAGUUUCUGCAGAACGUGCGGGAGGUGCUGCAGCCCCACCUGUACCGGCACUUGGGCCGCGGGGAGCUGGGACUUCGUGCCGCCUGGGAGCUGGCCCGAGCCCUGCUGGGCCUCCUGGGCCUCUGGCGCCUGCCGCCCCGCCGCCUCGAACCCCAGGCCGAGGAGCCCAGCGGAGGUGGGGGCCGCAGGUGCCUUGGCGGGGGCUGCGGGGCCUCUGAGGAGGAGGAGGAAACGGCCCCGGUGGAGCGGCAGCCGGGGCGCGAAGGUGGCGAGGACAGCGAAGGGCCACAGGGGGGGAAGGAGGAUGAGGAGGACAAUGAUGAGGACGACGAGGACGACGAGGACGAUGAGGACGAGGGCGAGGAGGGCGCCCUGAGGCUGAAGAAGGUCAGCUUCGCUGAGCGCGCUGGCGGGCGGCCCCGGGGCCCCAGCCCCCAGGCCCCCCUGGAGGAAGGCAGCCCCACGCUGGUGGAGAAGGGGCUGGAGCCCGGUGUGUUCACGCUGGCCGAGGACGACGAUGACGAGGCCGAUGGGCCACCCAGCAGCCCGGAGCCGGAACCCCCGACCGUCCUGCUCCGCCGAGCCGGGGGCGAGAGCCACAAACAGAGCUCGGAGGGGGCCCCGGACUCAGAGCUGGGUGCCAGCGAGUCGGUCCGGGGGCAGCGGCGGCAGAACCGGGCAUCUUGGAUUGACCCGCCCGAGGAGGAGCCCUCCCCCCAGCUCACACAGGCUGAGCUGGAGAGCUGCAUGAAGAAGUAUGAGGACACAUUCCAGGAUUACCAGGAGAUGUUCGUGCAGUUCGGCUACGUCGUGCUCUUCUCCUCCGCCUUCCCGCUAGCCGCGCUCUGUGCCCUGGUCAACAACCUCAUCGAGAUUCGCAGUGACGCACUCAAACUGUGCACGGGACUACAGCGGCCCUUUGGCCAGCGGGUGGACAGCAUUGGCCAGUGGCAGAAGGUGAUGGAGGCUAUGGGGGUUCUGGCCAUCGUGGUCAACUGCUACCUGCUGGGCCAGUGUGGACAGCUGCAGCGCCUCUUCCCCUGGCUGAGUCCGGAGGCCGCCAUCGUGUCGGUAGUGGUGCUGGAGCACUUCGCUCUGCUCCUCAAGUACCUCAUUCACGUGGCCAUCCCCGACAUCCCGGGCUGGGUGGCCGAGGAGAUGGCCAAGCUCGAGUACCAGCGGCGAGAGGCCUUCAAGCGGCACGAGCGCCAGGCCCAGCACCGCUUCCAGCAGCAGCAGCGGCGGCGGCGGGAGGAGGAGGAGCGGCAGCGGCACGCGGAGCACCACACGCGGCGGGAGCGCGAGGGCGGCCGCGAGGAGGCGCGGGCGGAAGGCGCGGGCCCGGAGCCGGCCGCCGCCCCCGAGAAGGCCUCGGCCAGGGCCAAGGGCAGCGGGGCGGGCGGCCAGGGCCAGGGCCAGGGCGGCGCCGAGCGGCCCCGGCGCCCCGGCUCGCUGCUGGCGCCCAACAACGUGCUGAAGCUCAAGCAGAUCAUCCCGCUGCAGGGCAAGUUCCUGUCGGCCGCGCCCGCGCCGUCGGGGCCCGCCAGGCCGGCCGCCGCCGCCGCCGCGUCCCCCACGACCGACGCCCGCCUGGCCAACUUCCUCAGCUUCAAGUUCCUGAAGCCCCCCGAGCCUCGGCGCGGCCCGGAGCGCAGCCACUCACCCCCCAAGGCCUUCCACGCCGGGAAGCUCUUCCCGUUCGGCGGGGCGCGCGCCGAGAGCUCCAACGGCACGGGCGCAUCCUCGGGCGGCGGCCGGGCCCCGCGCCCCGACGCGCGUACGGACCCGCGCUCCGACCCCGCGGCCACCGGCGAGCCCGACGCCCCCGCGCCCGACGAGGCCGGCCCAGGGCUGGCUCCUGCCCUCCACAGCCGCCGCAGCCAGAGCCCCGCGCAGACACCACCGCCCGGGCCCCCGACGCCUCCCGCCGGCUGCUGGCAGUGGGACGGGCCCUGGGGCUGUGGGGGUGAGGGCAGCGACCCCCGCCAGCCCCCGGACGCGUGUCCUCCCUGCACGCUGGCCGCGCCCCUGCCGGCGCCGCAGUCCCUCCCGGCGGACAGCAGCUUCUACAGCCUACCGCCCCCAACGCAGCCCCCCAGCUCAGAGCCCAGCCCCAGCCCCCCGGCCGUGUGCUGGCCCGGUGGCUGGCACUGACCAGGGCUGCCUGCAGCAAUAUCGCCCCCACCCAGCAAGGCGGGUGUGGC